CACAUCCACAGCCAGCACAGCUGACCGCCAUCCCCAGGUGUGGUUGUUUAAGUGUGAUGUGCCCUGUGAUCCUGGCAACACCUGGCAUUGCUGUCACCUCUCCUGUUGUCGCAAAAGCAAGCUGGCAGGCGCCCUGGUCAUGGAGGACUGCAACAUGCACUCGGCUGCCAGCAUCCUGGCUUCGGUGAAGGAGCAGGAAGCCCGCUUUGAGCGGCUGACACGAGCACUGGAGCAGGAGCGGCGCCAUGUUGCCCUGCAGCUGGAGCGUGCCCAGCAGCCUGGUGUGGGCAGUGGUGGCGUGGGCAGUGGGCAGCCCCUGCCGAUGGCCUGGCAACAGCUGGUCCUGCAGGAACAGAGCCCAGGCAGCCAGGCCUCGCUGGCCGCGAUGCCAGAGGCACCCGAGGUGCUGGAAGAGACAGUGACAGUGGAGGAGGACCCCGGCACACCCACCUCUCACGUGUCCAUUGUCACAUCCGAGGAUGGCACGACCCGGCGCACCGAGACCAAGGUUACCAAGACGGUCAAGACGGUGACUACGCGGACGGUACGCCAGGUGCCCCUUGGCCCAGAUGGACUCCCCCUGCUGGAUGGUGGCCCCCCGCUAGGCCCUUUUGCUGAUGGCCCCCUGGACCGGCACUUCCUGCUGCGUGGUGGCGGCCCAGCAGCCACACUCUCCCGAGCCUACCUCAGCAGCGGGGGUGGCUUUCCUGAUGGCCCUGAUCCCCGGGACGGCCCCAGCUACGGCAGCCUGUCUCGAGGGCUGGUUGUGCGGCCCCCACGCACCGGCCCCCUUGGCCCGGGCCCUGCUGAUGGCUGCUUCACACUGCCGGGCCGCCGUGAGUCCUUCCCCGUGGGCCCUGAGCCCGGGCCACCGGGUGGCCGCUCCCUGCCUGAGCGCUUCCAGGCAGAGCCAUAUGGCUUGGAGGACGACACUCGCAGCCUGGCCGCCGAUGAUGAGGGUGGCCCGGAGCUGGAGCCUGAUUAUGGCACAGCCACACGGAGGAGGCCUGAGUGUGGGCGGGGCCUUCGCACCAGGGCCCAUGAGGACGUGGCAGAUGACGGUGGCGAGCUGCUGGACGAGCGGCCUGCAUUUCCAGCAGUGACAGCGCCCCUGGCCCAGCCGGAACGGGGCAGUCUGGGCAGCCUGGACCGGCUGGCCCGUCGCUCGCCCUCAGUGGACAGCACCCGCAAGGAGCCGCGCUGGCGGGACCCUGAGCUUCCCGAGGUGCUGGCCAUGCUGCGGCACCCCGUGGACCCCGUGAAGGCCAACGCAGCUGCUUACCUGCAGCACCUGUGCUUUGAGAACGAGGGUGUCAAGCGGCGCGUGCGCCAGCUGCGGGGGCUGCCACUGCUUGUGGCACUGCUGGACCACCCUCGGGCUGAGGUGCGGCGCCGGGCCUGCGGGGCGCUGCGCAAUCUCUCCUACGGCCGUGACACCGACAACAAGGCCGCCAUCCGGGACUGCGGUGGCGUGCCUGCCCUGGUGCGCCUGCUGCGGUCUGCCCGGGACAGUGAGGUCCGUGAACUCGUCACUGGCACACUCUGGAACCUGUCGUCCUAUGAGCCCCUGAAGAUGGUCAUCAUUGACCAUGGCCUGCAGACACUGACCCAUGAGGUCAUCGUGCCCCACUCAGGCUGGGAGCUCGAGCCCAACGAGGACUCCAAGCCACGGGAUGCUGAGUGGACAACCGUUUUCAAGAACACAUCAGGUUGCCUGAGGAAUGUGAGCUCAGAUGGUGCCGAGGCCCGGCGGCGACUCCGGGAGUGCGAAGGGCUGGUGGACGCGCUCCUGCAUGCCCUGCAGUCGGCUGUGAGCAGGAAGGACACAGACAACAAGUCAGUGGAGAACUGCGUGUGCAUCAUGCGGAACCUGUCCUACCAUGUGCACAAGGAGGUGCCUGGGGCCGACAGGUACCAGGAGGCCGAGCCCGGGCCCCUGGGCAAUGCCACGGGCCCCCAGCGCAGGAGGCGGGAUGACGCCAGCUGCUUCGGUGGCAAGAAGGCCAAAGAGGAGUGGUUCCAUCCAGGGAAGAAGGAUGGUGAGCUGGACCAGAACUUUGACACGCUGGACCUCCCUAAGAGAACCGAGGCUGCCAAGGGCUUUGAGCUGCUGUACCAGCCCGAGGUGGUACGUCUCUACCUCUCCCUCCUCACCGAGAGCCGGAACUUCAACACUCUCGAGGCGGCUGCUGGCGCCCUGCAGAACCUCAGCGCGGGCAACUGGAUGUGGGCCACCUACAUCCGGGCCACCGUGCGCAAGGAGCGUGGGCUCCCGGUGCUUGUGGAACUGCUGCAGUCUGAGACCGACAAGGUGGUGCGCGCCGUCGCCAUCGCUCUGCGCAACCUCUCGUUGGACCGGCGCAACAAGGACCUCAUUGGGAGCUACGCCAUGGCAGAGCUGGUGCGCAACAUUUGUAAUGCGCAGGCGCCGGCGCGACCCGGGGCCCGCCUGGAGGAGGACACGGUGGUGGCUGUGCUUAACACCAUCCACGAGAUCGUGUCCGACAGCCUGGACAACGCGCGCUCGCUGCUGCAGGCCCGCGGUGUCCCUGCACUCGUGGCCCUCGUCACCUCCAGCCAGUCUGUGCGGGAGGCGAAGGCCGCGUCGCAUGUGCUGCAGACGGUAUGGAGCUACAAGGAGCUGCGUGGCGCUCUGCAGAGGGACGGCUGGACUAAAGCGCGCUUCCAGUCAGCAGCUGCUGCUGCUGCUGCUGCUAAGGGACCCAAGGGGGCUCCGAGCCCUGGGGGCUUUGAUGAUAGCACGCUGCCCCUGGUGGACAAGAGCCUUGACAGCGAGAAAACAGGCAGCCGAGACGGGAUCCCCAUGGAUGCACUUGGCCCAGAUGGAUACUCCACAGUGGACCGGAGGGAGCGGAGGGCUCGGGGCGGUGGCUCUGCAGGAGAAGCCUCUGAGAAGGAGCCUCUGAAACUCAACCCUGGCAGGAAGGCCCCUCCCCCCGGGCCCAGCAGGCCCGCGGUCAGGCUGGUGGACGCCGUGGGGGACGCUAAGCCUCAGCCCGUUGACUCCUGGGUCUAGCUUGCAUGCCUGGGCCCAGGCCCAGCCGCUUGUUCCUAGGGAUUGGAUCACCCACCAAGGGCCGUCCUGAGCAGACCCUGCGGUGGAGCUCACAGCCCCCUGGCGGCAGGGGUUUGCGGCGCCUCUAGUCGGAGCCAGGGCCUGACUUUGUGGACACUGUCCCUCCCUCCCUC